UUUGCAAAACAUAAAGAAGGUGACGCACUUGCCAGUUGCCACCCACACUCCAAAAACUUUGAAAAUUUGAAGAACCCUAAAAACUUGCAAAAAAUUUCAGUUACCCUCCAAAAACCAACCUGAAUCGCUCUCACCCAGAGACUCUCUCUGUGUUGGAUCCAAAUCCUAACAUGAUGGCUGUGAACAAAACCCUAGGAGCCCGCGAAGACGCUCGGAGCUCCGAAGAGGAGGAGGAGGAGGUGGAGAAGCUGGAAGCGGAUGUGAAGGAAAUGGCGCACAAGAUUCUGGAAUACAGAGCUACGCUUCCGGAUCAGCUCAGGACCACUCUCGCUUCGGCCCUCGCUGCUCAGAGACCUGUUUCCCCCGACGGCUUAGGACUCGCUCCAUCCGGGGCUCCGAAUACAGAUUCAGGAGGACAGUUUAAAUCUAGUGAGGUGGCACCACAGGCAGAAGAAGAUCAAGAGAUGGCUAAGAAAAUACAAUUACUUAAAGAUAAAAUUUCAAGUAAUGCCUCUGCCAUGCCUAUUGUCUUGAAGAGGAUGAAAGAGUGUAUUUCUAAGAUUGACAAAUUGGAUUCUAACAAUGGAAUCAUACAUCCUGCAUUUAAGAGGAAAAAGACUAGCUGACCAAAUUUUAUCAAGCUUGCAUUAUUUUUAUAUUAGUUGUUAAUUUGAGGAAUGGAAUGUCAAGGGUGUUCCGAGGAUUGUUUGAACUUAUCUGCUCAAAUGUGGACGUACAUCUGGCAUUCUGGCUUUUGGAAGGAAAGGGAUCUAUCGUCAAAGGUUGUCACCAACAGCGGAUUUGAGAGUUUCCCGUGUACUGUAAUUAUUCAAAGAGGGCAUUGCUUUCACCUAUGUCAUAAUUUGUUGAUAAUAUGCACAGAGCACCUCUUGCACCCAUUGUUGAUGUAUUAAAAGUGAUGAAGAGAAGAUGCUAUAUUCUAGAA